AUGGAAGGGCCAGUUUCCGCGGAGGGCGCCGUGCGCGGGACUCUCUGGGUGGCGCUGUCUCUGGAGAGCACAGGGUCACCGGAGUCCAAGCUAGGUGCCCAGGAGGAGGAGGUCUUCCAGCUGAAGCCGUUUCGGGGCGCCCCGCUUGGCCUCCCCUGUUAUGAGUGGCUGGAGGGGGCGGGGACCCUGGUGCUGCGCGAGGGCUCACUCUGCCUGGCUCCCACCCAGCAUUUAUCUCCCAAGCUGCACCUAGGUUCCUUCCCAGCCUCUGCCAUUCUGUUUUUCUGCAGAAGCAUUUUGUUCAAGCUGCAGGGACUGCUGGACAAUCCGACACCUUGGAGAAGCCAGGAUGAGAUCCAGCACAGCUUUGUCUUCCCCAAGUCCCCAGUGUCAGAGUAUGUGUUUGAGCACUAGCAGCAGGAUGCCUUCUUCACCUCACAGAUCCUGAAUGGCCUCAACCCCGUCCUGAUCCACCACUGCCACUGCCUCCCAAAGAUCUUCCCUGUCACUGAUGCUAUGGUGGCCCCAUUGCUGGGCCCUGAGACCAGUCUGCAGGCUGAACUGGAGAAGGGCCUUCUGUAUCCGGUGGACCAUGCCAUCCUCUUGGGCCUCCACCCCAGCAUCAUUAAUGGGAGGCCCCAGUUCAUGUCUGUGCCCUUGACCUUGCUGCACCAGCGACCCACUAGUGGGCUCCCGCUGCCCCUCACCAUCCAGAUCACUCAGACACCUGGCCCUGAUAGUCCCAUCUCCCUACCCAGUGACCCAGGUGAGGACUGGCUCCUGGCCAAGACCUGGGUGCAACACUCAGAGUUCCUGGUACACGAGAUCAUCACUCAUCUGCUUUGUACCCACUUUGUGGCAGAGACCUUUGCUCUGUCCCUGCUGCAGCAGCUGCCCAUGUGCCACUCCAUCUUCAAGCUGCUCAUUCCUCGUUUCUGCUACGCCUUCCACAUCAACAUCCAACCUACAGCAGUGGGCUCUCUGUUCAUUAUAGUCCACGUCGCUGGACGGGAAGGCUCCCUGGAACUGAUCGCCAGAGGGCUGGUAGCUGUCACCUACCACUUCCUGUGCCUACCCCACCAGCUGACUGACCUCGAGGUCCAGGACUCCCCAACUACCACUACCAAGAUGAAGCACUCAGGAUCUGGGCAGCCACGGAGAAGCCAGGCCGACCUGCUGGCUUCACUCCCUGAGGUCAGUGCUACCCACCAUGCCCUCGUGCUCUUCUGGAAUGUCGGCAGUGAAACCAAGGACACUCAAAGGCUGAGCACCUACCCAGAUGAGCUCUUCACGGAGGAGGCCCCACAGCACAGCAUUGCUGCAAUCCAGAGCCGCCUGGCCCAGAUCUCCAGGAGCAUCCAGGAAUGGAACUGGGGCUUGGCACUGCCCUACACCUACCUGGGCCUCACUGUGGUGGAAAACAGCACCAUAGUGUAA